AUGCGUGUAUCCGAGCGGAACCCUGCCCUAGCAGAGAAGAUUCGCCAAAUGCGCCUUACCAUCGCCCCGAUAUUACACGUCUCGACUGGCCUCCCACCCCCACACUUCCCGCCCACAAUCCUACAACUGUUCCUACUCACGGAACCGCAACUCGACUCCUUCGCCUCCUUCUACUCGCAAACAUCCCCGUCCUCUCCACACUUCUACGCCUACCCCCAGACCAUGGACUUCUCGCGGCCAUUUCUAUCCACAGACCCGAAUCUACCAGACGAUUGCAAGCUCAACGAUUUCGAAAGGCUGAAGGUGAAGAUGAGGAUGUUUGCAAAGUUCAUUGGGAUGAGGGGUGCGGAGACACCCAGGUGGGAGUAUGAGAAGCAGGUCGAGCUGCUGGGACGGAAGAUCGAGUGGAUGGUGAAAGAAGAAGAA